ACACAUGUUGAAGGGAGAACAGCAGACAUUGCGGUGUGACCAAUCAACAUUCGUUUAGCGCACAAGCGCGACCUUCUCACCACCCUACAAAUAUCCACUGGGAUUAUUCAUACAGUUUAUUACACCUUCACCACCCCGGAUUGCAGACGACCUCCUUUUAUUGUGAAAGAUCUCAUUAUUAACCAGGCAGCAGAUAACUAAAUUUAGCAUACAUUCCUUUUCUUGCAAUGACUUACAACUACGAAGAGUAAAGAAGUGAUUACCAUUAUAGUCGACUAGAAUAAACAAAUAAAAUCGGUAACUAAUACAGAAUCCAAGUUCUACCACUUUACAAGUUACGGAAAAACUGACCACAAACCACAAAAGAGGACAACAAGGUCAACUUUGACGAUGCUUUGUGCUUGAACUUGAAGAUAAAAGCGCAGCCGACUCAGGUGCCACAUUUCAACUGUAUAGUCCUCUUCUUGCUGUGUUACAACUUUUACGCGCCGUUGUCCUGCAUCAUGACUCAAAGAUCUUGUGCUGUAUAUGGAGUUGGGAUUGUCUGCGCUCAUCUGCUGUUCAUCGGGAUUGGUUUAUUUGUGGCUCAAGUAUUUCAAACUACAAUACAUAACCGGUUAAAAAAGGAGUUAACUCUGACAGAGGGCAGCCGUGUGUUUGAAACAUGGAAGAACCCUCCUCCUCCCAUCUUCAUGCAGUACUUCUUUUUUAACGUCACCAACCCAGACGAGUUCCUGGCUGGAGCCAAGCCUUUCGUCUCUCAGGUUGGCCCUUACACAUACAGGGAGUACAGGCCCAAGGAGAACGUGACCUUUUUAGAGAAUGGGACAAGGGUCGCUGCCUACCAAUGCAAGACCUUUGUGUUUCUGCCAGAGAGGUCAGUGGGUGAUCCUGACAUAGACAUGAUCACAACCAUCAACAUCCCAGCUGUGGCUGUGAUGAACAAAGUAAAGAAUAGCUUCUGGAAGAGUUCUUUGGUGUCUAUCUGGAUGAACUCCCUGCAUGUGGGCAUGUUCAUGACGCACACCGUCAAUGAGCUUUUGUGGGGCUUCAAGGACCCUCUGCUGUCCCGCAUACACCCCAUGAACCCUGAGAUCGACGAGUACUUUGGCCUCAUGUAUAAGAAAAAUGGAAGCAAUGAUGGUGAAGUUGUUUACCAUACCGGGGAGGCAGACUUCAUGGACUAUGGCAGGAUAGCCAGAUUUAAAGGAGAAAGCAAACUGAGUCUGUGGACAUCUGAGCAGAGUAACAUGAUCAACGGUACAGAUGGCAGUGCGUUCCACCCCCUGCUGUCCAAGAAGGAGAGACUGUAUAUCUUCAGUCCUGACCUGUGCAGGUCCAUCUUCAUGGAGUUUGAGAAGGAUGUGGAGGUGAAGGGACUCCCAGCAUAUCGUUUCACCCCUCCUCGUGACGUGCUGGCCAGCAAGGAGGAGAACCCAGCCAACGAAGGCUUCUGUGUCUCCCCCAAAGAGUGCCUGGGUAGUGGAGUACUCAAAGUCAGCGUGUGUAAAAAAGGUGCUCCAGUGGUUGUGUCUUUCCCUCAUUUCUACCUGGGCGAAGAAAAGUACACUAACGCCAUUGAAGGACUGAGUCCUGUGAGAGAGCACCACCAGACCUACCUGGACCUGAACCCGACCACUGGUGUUCCUAUCCGUGCCAGUAAGAAGGCUCAGAUCAAUAUCCUCAUCAACAGAAUCUCUGGCUUCCCGAAAACCAAAUCCCUGAAUGAGACUAUCUUCCCUGUCAUGUUUAUCAAUGAGACGGUGGUGAUAGACGACACGUCGGCUGCGAAGCUCCAAAAGCUGUUGCUGAUGGUGACGUUGGUGUCCAACCUCCCUCUCAUCAUUGUUGGUCUGGGGGUCUUGCUGCUACUCGUGUUCAUCUGCCUCAUCGUCUGUGAACGCAAACUGAAGAUGACAACAAAGGAGGACACAUCUUAUUCUCCUGUGAGAAACAAGGAGGGUGACGAAAAAAAUGUCAGCACCUACAUUGGCAUGACUCCAAUUAUUGAAAAGUCUUGAGGAGGGAAUGGGACGUUUUUGUUGUUGUUGAGAUUCACAGAUCUACUGUGUGUGAGUUGCUGUUCAGAGUUGAAUUGUUGCCUUUCUGUGCCUCAAAGUUAUAGUCUUGAUCAAUGUGACACAAGUUACACUAGUAUUGUGAUAUCUCCCCAUUUGUUUGUUUGUUUGGAUCUCGUUUAACCCACAAUGGAGGCUAUUCUUCCAAGAGUCCCUGUAAUAUUGGUUGAUAAUACACGUGACCCUUUGACCUGCUGUUUCAGACAUUCUCUAAAAGUUCAACUGUUUGAUACCUGUUAUUCACUUCUAAUCUCAUUGUAAUAUAAUGUACAUAAAAAUACAAUAUCCUGUAACAAAAAAAACCUUCCUUCCUUCUUCCCCUGAUUGAAUGGAUGAAAUCAGUAUGGUGGAGGGCUAAGUAAAGCCAUCGCUAUAUUGCAUGAUUAGAGAUGGCAAGGGAAGGGAACAUGUUUUUUGAAUCCAGCUGAUCACUAUGGUCCAGUUUCCCAGACACAGAUCAAGCCUAGUCCUUCUCAAUUGAUAAUCUCCAUCGAAACAGCUUUUUAGUCCAAGGACCUGGCUUAAUAUUUGUCUGGGAAACCAGCCCUACUCCAUGUGUGUGUCCUAAAGGUGUAUGUAUACUCAUUUAGGUACUAUGCUAGGAACUAUGCCCUUGUGCAUCAUGGGAUGGAUUAAAAUGUAGUAUAAUUCUCUACCCAUGAGUGUCAAAGAAGCUCAAGGAAGUGGUAGAAUUCUCUAUUGAGGAUGUCCUUUUUAUGAAUUUGGAUUCAUAUUAACACUGCAAUUUUUUUAAUGUUCUAAUUAUUACAUUUCUACAGCUUAUCACGUUUUUAAUGCACUGAUUAAAUUGAUAGUUGGUUGGUUGAAUAAGUUCAAAUAUGUAAGGAACGAAAAUGAAGUCUAACUAUGUUUAUAAAAUAUGUUACAGAAAAUAUCUCUGUCCAUACCUAAUACACAGGUUACCUUCACUAUGAACUUGUAAGUGGUGAUAUGGUUGCAAGUGUCACGUUGGUAUGAAUAGAUUCGGGAGACGGGCUCAGGAAUGCGUAAUAGUUUUUUUUGUUAAGCCCAAAUUACGCCCUGCCAUGUAAAGGCACUGGGACAAAGACCAAACAAACACGUUAAGCAACACAGGGUAGAAACCCAAAACAAAAGAGCGAGGAGUACCUCAAAUAAAUAACACAUGCACACAAUGAUUAACACAUUGGACGAGACCGUAAUCAUCUGCGCAAUCCAGAAUGGCACGAAAGCCAAAACACACAGCACAGGUACUCACACGCACCAACGGACAUAGUAACAAUAAUCGACACCACUAUGGUGAACAAAUGGCACAUACAUACAAAUACAAUCAGUGGGAAUAGGGGCCAGGUGUGCGCAAUGAAAGUUCCAGAGGGAUCCGUGACAGUGAGCAUUUUUAAGUGUUACAUGUAUGUGUGUGACAUUUGAAAUUUAGGGCCAGGUUUCAUUAUGGGCCUUUUUACUUUUAUCACGGUCACUGCGCUCAGACCGAGUGAGGUACGGUCAAGCUGGGCAUCUCGUUGAACUCGGCACAGCCUAGAGAGUAUGGUAAUGCCAUUGCAGGCUCUGUGUGUCUUUAAGCCCUGCACCGUGUCACUCCAUCCUUGCUGUCUGUGUGUGUGUGAGAGUUUUUUCUUUGACAUCUGUUGGGAGAAAUUAUUGAUUUACAGUUCAUGAGGGUUGCCUAAUCACACAUAUGAAGUUUUGGAAAGAUCUGACCUUUUUAACCCUUCCGAACAGCCCCUAUGACCCCAAUUUACGGCACUUCCGGUUGGCACAGGAAGCUGAAAGUAAACACAUAUCCUCAUUGGGGUAGGCUUUUACAGAAUCCUGAGUUUAAAGUCGUUACGUUAAGAAUUGAUUGAUUUACACAGGGUUGAAUGCAGUCAUUUUCACAAACUACAGGUUUUGUACAUCAAAACACCUUUAGGGUGAUUUUAACCACUUCCGGUUGAUCCAGGAAGCUUAGAAUCAACACAGGUAGACCUCAUAGCGACCUGAGGAAUUGUCAUCGAAGACACGUUCAUAAGGCAUUCAUAACCCACAUAGGCUUCAGGUUGAAUUUCGUGGAGCAGGCAAUGUAUUCCUAUGGGGAGAGAAGUCAUUGCAAACUGUUUGAUGUAAACACCUUCUUUUCACUGUUAAGGGUUAAUGCCACACGGUCAAGGUUACGCUUGCACAGAUUGGGAGGACCUCAGGAAUGCUCCUGAUGGCUAUGUGUUUCUUUAAGCCCCGCACUGUGUCUCUCCAUCCUUGCUGUGUGUGUGUGUGUGUGUGUGUGUGUGUGUGUGUGUGUGUGUGUGUGUGUGUGUGUGUGUGUGUGUGUGUGUGUGUGUGUGUGUGUGUGUGUGUGUGUGUGUGUGUGUGUGUGUGUGUGUGUGUGUGUGUGUGUGUGUGUGUGUGUGUGUGUGUGUGUGUGUGUGUGUGUUUUUUCUUUUCUGUUGGGUGAAAUGCCUGAUUACAGUUCAUGAGGGUUGCCUAAUCACACAUAUGAAGUUUUGGAAAGAUGUGAUCUUUUUAACCCUUCGAAACAGCCCCUAUGACCCAAUUUAAGGCACUUCCGGUUGACGCAGGAAACUGAAAGUGAACACAUAUCCUCCUUGGGGUAGGCUCUUACAGAUUUUUGAGUUUUAAGUCUUUUACGUUAAGAACUGACUUAUUUACAGAGGGUUGAAUGAUUGAGUGUUAUUUCAGAAAAAUCACAGAAAAUCACAGAAAUCACGUAGAGUUCUGAAACCCACCAUAACGGAUUCAUCUGAACAUGCCGCAACUGGAUCUGUAAUUUCUUGGGGAAAAAACACAUUUGUACAUUGUACGAUUUCUCUUACAUUAUGAUAGAUAAAUGUCUGGUUCUUUUUUUCCUUACACCGUAGGUUCAUGUACUUUGAUGUGAAGCGGUCAAAUUAGCACUGUAUUUUCAUUUUUGACCUUUAAUCCCAGAAAAAUGGCCUGAAUCUUAAGGGAUUUUUAUCAAUAAUGACUAAUUAUGUAUACAUUUCAAUCAGGACUGACUAAUCAGAAUAAUAUUAUGUUACUGUAUAGAUGUAUGAAUUUUCUUUUAAUCUUAGUACUGAAUAUAAUGUGUGUAAAUAUAAUCAAGAAUUAAAACAAUGACUCUGUUCCUUGGUAGAAAUAAAUGAACUUAUCGUCAGACUGGCUAGAAUGCUUAUCUACACAGGAAGACCUUGGCUCGGUCAUAAAUUAUAUUAAAUUGGUAGGGAGACGAUGUGGGAAGGCUUGAGAUACUGCCUUUGUACCAGGGUGGGAGAAGAGACGGGACAGUUUGAACACUAACGACGUAAUUUUCACUUUAUAACCUGUGGUAAACUGUAUCGUGUUCAGUACUCUCGAGAAUAAACACUACAGAUUGAUUUAGAGACUGGUCUCUGUCCAUUUUAUGCAAAUAAGAGUCUUACAAAUUCUUAGGAGUGGACAGAGUGUAUAAUUUAAUUGGGUAUUAAAACAUAUAGGAAUUGAAUUCCCGUAACAAUUAACUCAAAAAGCGUUGAGGCCUCGACGUCAUCUUGUUUCGGGGCUAACAGCCCAUUAGUCCAAACCUAUGCUCACCAAGUUUAGUCUUUUCCAUUUAGGAGAAAGGGCCAUGUCGUGAUUGGUGAUGUUUUGUACAUUUGCAAUAAGAUUCCAUUCGCUAUCUGGUGGAAUUUACCGGGACAGCGGAAAAAUGACCAAAAUUUGAACAUUUUAAUAAACGCAAACUGAAUGUCCGAGAGACUUCGUUUAAUGACUUCCCACAAGAUCUGGCCCCGGUGCACGGCCCACCACCAUCGGCAAAUUUUACAAACAUUCGCAGCCGUCUAGUAACGGACCGUAUAUUUGCAAUAUGGAGUUUCUCAUUGAUCAUACAGCAAAUGCCGAAAAGUGCCCUUUAUGUAUGUAAAUGAGAUAUGUAUAUAUUUCAUUUUCAAUAAAUGUGCAAACAUUUCUAAAAACA